AUGUCCAACGGAUUACACCUGCCAAGAAAAAGUAUUUUGUUUUGGUUCGACCCGUAGUCACAUAUGAAAGAGCAGACGGAAUAAAUUUAGCAACGCUUUUCCCACAGGAUCUGUUGCAGGAAAGGGAUAAUGUGCAACUUCAAGUUGUCAAUUAUAUCCUUUAUGGAAAUGGCAAACCAAUUCGAGGAAUUUCUCACACAAGUAUUCAAUUGGUUCGGACUUGUUUAGUAGUGAAUUGGGACCAAGGCAAAAAUGUCUCUUCUAUAGAAGAAGAAGAGGUUCAUGCUUCCUUUGUUGAAGUAAGGGCAAAUGGUCUUAUUCAAGAUUUCAUAAGAAUGGACUUAGUGAAGUCCCCCAUUUCAUAUAUCGGAAAAAGGAAUGACCGGGGGGGUUCAGGAUUGAUCCCCCAUAAUGGAUCAGAUCGCACCAAUAGAAAUCCUUUUUAUUCCAAGGCAAGGAUUCAAGAAUUACUUCGCCAACAUCAAGGAACUGUUCGUACAUUGUUGCAUAGAAAUCAAAAAAAGGAGUGCCAAUCUUUGAUAAUUUUGUCAUCAUCCAAUUGUUCUCAAAUGGGUCCCUUCAAUGGUUUGAAAUAUCACAAUGUGACAAAAGAAUCAAUUAAAAGGGAUCCCCUAAUUUCAAUUAGAAAUUCGUUGGGUCCUUUAGGGACUGUCUCUAAAAUUGCGAAUUUUUAUUCAUCUUAUUACUAUUUAAUAACUCAUAAUCAGAUUUUGGUAAAUAAAUAUUUGCUAUUUGACAAUUUAAAACAUACUUUGCAAGUAUUUAAAUAUUAUUUAAUGGAUGAAAAUGGAAAAAUUUAUAAUCCCGAUCCAUGCAUUAACAUCAUUUUGAAUUCAUUCAAUUUGAAUUGGUAUUUUCUCCAUCACAAUUAUUGUGAAGAGACAUCCACAAUAAUUAGCCUGGGACAGUUUAUUUGUGAAAAUGGAUGUAUAUCCAAAAAAGGACCGCAUCUAAAAUCUGGCCAAGUUCUAAUUGUUCAUGUUGACUCUUUAGUAAUAAGAUCAGCUAAGUCCUAUUUGGCCACUCCAGGAGCAAGCGUUCAUGGCCAUUAUGGAGAAAUCCUUUACGAGGGAGAUACAUUAGUUACAUUUAUAUAUGAAAAAUCGAGAUCUGGUGAUAUAACGCAGGGUCUUCCAAAAGUGGAACAGGUGUUAGAAGUGCGUUCAAUUGAUUCAAUAUCGAUGAACCUAGAAAAGAGGGUUGAGGGUUGGAACAAACGUAUAACAAGAAUUCUUGGAAUUCCUUGGGAAUUCUUGAUUGGCACCGAGCUAACCAUAGCGCAAAGUCGGAUCUCUUUGGUUAAUAAGAUUCAAAAGGUUUAUCGAUCCCAGGGGGUGCAGAUCCAUAAUAGGCAUAUAGAAAUUAUUGUACGUCAAAUAACAUCAAAAGUAUUGGUUUCAGAAGAUGGAAUGUCUAAUGUUUUUUCACCUGGAGAACUAAUUGGAUUAUUGCGAGCGGAGCGAACGGGGCGCGCUUUGGAAGAAGCGAUCUCUUACCGAGCCGUCUUAUUGGGAAUAACGCGAGCAUCUUUGAAUACUCAAAGUUUCAUAUCCGAGGCGAGUUUUCAAGAAACUGCUCGAGUUUUAGCAAAAGCUGCUCUACGGGGUCGUAUUGAUUGGUUGAAAGGCCUGAAAGAGAACGUUGUUCUGGGGGGAAUGAUACCUGUUGGUACUGGAUUCAAAGGAUUGGUGCGCCGUUCAAGCGAACAUAACAACAUUCCUUUGAAAAUUAAAAAGAAAAAUCUAUUCGAGGGGGAAAUGAGAGAUAUUUUGUUCCACCACAGAGAAUUAUUUUAUUUUUGUAGCCCAAACAAUUUCCAUGAUAUAUCAGAACAAUCAUUUACGGGAUUUAAUGAUUCCUAAGAGCGGAUUUAUCCUUUUAACUUUAACUAUUCGGUCUGAUCAUUUUAGUUGGUAAUGGUAAUAAAGAUAAUAACGAAUAAAAAGGAAUUAAUGGCUUGAACCGUAUAUCAAUGGCCAAUCUCCGGUAGAAAGUUCCGUUGGAACAAUUAUUUAUUUCAAGGUAUCUCGUCUCUU